AUGUGGGGAGUACAAAGUGUAUUUGUGUGUUGUGUCUGCCAGGUGUCUCCAGUGUGGUUUGUCAGGCUGUUCAGUGUGUCCAGCCUGUACAGUGUUGGAGGGGGAGGCCUGCCUGCCUUUCCCCUGGGCUGGACCAUCAGAGGGUGCAGGCAGACCCACCAACCCCUCCUGAGUGACUACACCCCCCUCCCUGUCCUCCCCGCCAUCUCUGCCCCCCACACACACUCAGGCCGGAGACAUACACUCUGCUUCAACACCCCCCUGACAGGACCGCACGGCCAGCCAGGUCAGUGGAAUGUGUCGUCUAGUCGUGUUCUGCAGAUCGACCCAAAGACGGGAGCUGCUCUGGCAAAGCAUUCUGGGACGGUAGUGGUCUACUACAGACUGGAAGAUGGACAGCAGGCCCUCAGAGAGGUGAAGGUGGACUCUCCAGCCAUCCCAGAACUCUCUCCUCAGGAUGAUCGUUUCCUCACCAACUGGCCUGACGCAGCUGACUACACGGUUCCUGUGGAGCUAUACACCUCCCCCGUCAACACAGCCCAGUGUUCCUUGUCCCAGAGGGAGGCCAUAGAGAAGAAGCUCCAGCCAGAGGCAGAGUUACUGUGUUCCCUGCACUUCAGCGCCCCCUACCUCCAGCUCAACACGCUGCAGGCUGUGAUGGUCACCACGCCUCACUAUGACCUCGACACKGGUGAAUACAGCUGCAGAGUCUCUGUCCGUCCCCAGUCAGACUCCGUCCUCCACCUCCUCUCCUCCCUCUCUGUCUCCGUCUCUCUCUCAGCCUCUCUGCGGGGCCAGUCCCCCGUCCCUGUCCUCCCUCUCWCUGCUCUGUCGCUACCUCUCUCCGGACGUUUGGUACAGUUGCCGUACCUGCCUGCGUUCCACUGCCCGGUGUCUUUCCUGGUGCUCUCUGCUCUGCAGCCCAUGGCAGAGUUCUCUGUGCUGGGCACCAAGGAGGUGCUCUCUGCCCUACGGUUCCACUCUGACAGUACUGACGUGCUGCUAUCUGAGCCCAGUCAAUCAGACGGACAUCUGGUGUUGUCUGUCUACAUUUCCACUUCCUGGGUCAAAAGUCAGGCCCUGCCCCCUCCUGCCAACAUCACCCUCUCCAGCCACCUGACCCCACAGACUCAUGUCCUUACAGUUUACAUCACGGUGGACAGCGAGGUGAAGAUAGGUGAGGAGCAGACUCACACAGAGCCAAAACACAGCUAAACACGACAAUGAAAACGUUCCUAUACAACAGUGUUUCCCAAACUCGGUCCUGGGGCCCCUCUGGGUGCACGUUUUGGUUU